AUGCCACAACCAUUGACCAAAGACACCGUGUCUUUUGAAUCUCAAGACACCCAACAUCAGACGCGGUUCAACCAAUAUCCUUCAUCACUUGAAGAUGAAUCCUCUCAACAACCACUACACUCUCUCAAUGAUCUAGAUGAUGGAUAUGAGACAUCAGAUAGUGAUUUAACAGACCUUGAAUCUAUUGAUACUUCUUCGGAAUUCGAGAUCACUGGUAUCAAUACCCCACCAGCUUGUUCACAACCAAACACUUGUGACCCACAGCGCUUGCCUACUAUGCCUCAUAACCAGCAGAAAAAACGUUCAAAAUUAUCUCGCAUUGUCAAAGCAUUACAGCGAAAUGGUUGCGGAAUGGAAGCUUUUAUAGAUGCUUGGAUUCAGAGUCCUGAUAUCUUGACUCAUAAACGAUACCGUACUCCUGCAAAGCGGCGGAAUGCACUACAUUCAGCACUCUCAAAGUCAGAAGCAUUUCAUGGUCAUCACCAUUAUAUUGCCUUGCUUAAACAGGAGCUGAAACACCUUAUCAAUACUCCAUACUUUACAAAAUUCAACCAUGGUGUUGAUCUUGAUACCAUCAAUUUCCAGGCUGCUUUUGAGACCAUCUGA